CCCCCUCUUUUGAUCCCCCUCUUUCCUUUUGUCGAAGUCGUUAAGGGUAUAUUCGGACGCUAGACGCUAUCCUCUCUUGAUUAUUUUCGAUUAGCCGUUUGUGUUUACGAAGGGCUUUGCUUUUUUUUUCAGCCCACCUUUUAGCGCUCCCGUUUUCCCACUUGGGUUUCUUGAGAGAGGAGCGAAUCGACCGCCACUGCCGUCUUUUGGCGCGCAUUUUGCUAUCGCAUAUUUCAUAUACUAUUUUUUAGAGGAGAAAGGAAACAGUGAAAUCGUUCAUCAUGCCUCCCAAGAAACAGGACCAGCCUAAGAAGAAGAAGGCCACCGUCGAGGAUAAGACCUUCGGAAUGAAAAACAAAAAAGGUUCUACCGCGAAGAGACAGAUCGCUCAGAUGGAGGCGCAAGCAAAGUCCAACAAGCCUUUGGAUGCAAAGAGAAAGGAAGCUGAGAAGGCCAAGCGUGAGGCGGAGAAGGCCGCCGAGGAGAAAGCCAAGCGUGAGGCUGCAGAGCUGUUCAAGCCCGUGCAGGUACAGAAGGUGCCCUUUGGCGUGGACCCCAAGACCGUGCUCUGUGUCUUCUUCAAGCAGGGCAACUGUGAGAAGGGCCGCAAGUGUAAAUUCAGUCACGACCUGAACAUCGAGCGAAAGGCCCAGAAGAAGGAUCUGUACACCGACUCUCGUGACGUCAAGGCUGCUGAGGAAGAGAAGAAGAAGGAAGAUACGAUCGACAGCUGGGACGAGGAGAAGCUCCGCAAGGUCAUUUUGAGCAAGCACGGUAACCCGAGAACGACAACCGACAAGGUCUGCAAAUACUUCAUCGAAGCUGUCGAGAACCAGAAGUAUGGUUGGUUCUGGGUCUGUCCCAAUGGAGGUGACAAGUGCAUGUACAAACACAGUUUGCCACCUGGGUAUGUUCUGCUCUUCGUUUUGCAUCUUGUCUGUCCGCUAGACAUACUAAUUGUGUCUAUAGCUUCGUUCUGAAGACGAGGGAA